AUGACGAAGAUUACUACGGACCACUACACGGACGACGGAUAUUUUCUGCCACAUCACGGCGUGAUCAAAGAAUCCAGCCGGACUACAAAACUCCGAGUUGUGUUUGACGGAUCUGCACCAACCACCACCGGAGUUUCAUUAAACGACGUACUUCAUACGGUACCGAAACUACAAGACGACAUAUUUCUUAUCCUUUUAAGAUUUCAGGAUCGGAAAUUCCAACAAAUUUUGUGGCGCAACUCUGAUGGAGAAGUUGACACCUAUCAACUUAACACAGUGACAUUCGGGCUGUCAGCGGCCCCCAAUAUAGCCAUUCGGUGCCUCAGACAACUGGCAGACGACGAGGGACAUCGAUACCCACGAGCAGCGAUGGUCUUACAGCGAGACUUCUACGUCGACGAUGUUCUCACAGGAGCUGAUACAAAGGAUGAGGCACAAUCACUGAGAACGGAGCUCAUAGAAUUGCUUAAACUAGCCGGCUUAAACAUUCGAAAAUGGGCAGCGAACGACCGGGAACUGCUACGAGGACUUUCCGAGCAGGACAUAAACGAUAAGCUGCUACUAGGCGAAUCGCAAACUUUCAAAACUCUGGGUGAUGUUUGGAAUUCCUUUGACGAUUCGAUCCUAUAUUCCAUCAAAAUCAAUUCUACCGCCUCUCGAAUUACGAAGAGAACAAUCAGCUCCGAAAUUGCCAAGAUCUACGAUCCUCUUGGAUUACUGGCACCAGUGAUCGUUCGCGCUAAGAUGUUGCUCCAACGACUUUGGACUUUAAAACUUGACUGGGACGAGUCUCUUCCGGCUGACGUAUACACAGAAUGGAGCAAAUAUUCUUCACAGCUACCUUCGCUAAAUAACGUGAAGUUUGCGGAAAUUGAAUUACACGGAUUCUGCGAAGCCAGCGAAAGGGCGUAUGGGGCAUGCGUCUACCUUCGCACUAUCACUCCGGAUGGUCAUGUCUGGACACGACUCUUCACUGCAAGGUCAAAGGUGGCUCCACUCAAAUCACAAACCAUUCCAAGGCUGGAACUGGGUGGAGCACUUCUUCUCACAUCAUUGGCCACUACAGUCCUUCAAGCCUUACCAAGCAACAUUUCUUGGACCGUUUACUGGACUGAUUCUACAAUCGUUCUACAUUGGAUUAAUACAUCACCCCAUACGCUGAAAACCUUCGUCGCGAAUCGUGUGACAGAGAUUCAACAGAAGACUCACACCUCCGAUUGGCGCCACAUUCCCACUACCGAUAACCCUGCAGAUCUCAUAUCUCGAGGCCAAUCACCCGUAGACUUCCUGCGAUCAACCAUUUGGCAACAUGGACCGGAAUGGCUCCAACAAUCUGAAAAAUACUGGCCGACGUGGAACCCGGUACCAUUAGCUGAAAUACCAGAGCAGAAGAAGGCAACAUGUCUGUCCGUGACUCCGCCUGACCACAGUCUACUGGAGAGAUUUUCUUCUUGGCCCAAGCUGAUAAGAAUUGCCGCUCGUUGCCUCCGAUGGAGACAAAAACAGUAUCGGGGGGGACCUCUAACCACACAUGAUUUAACCAAUGCGCAUAACAAAUUGGUCAAAUUGUUACAGUUCUGCUAUUUUCCAGAUAAAAUACGUACUCUCCGAACAGAUCGAAAUUCUGCAGUGAAGGGGAAGCUGCAACGACUCAAUCCAUUUCUGGACAAGGACGAGAUAUUGCGAGUCGGAGUUACAGCACUCAUUGUCGAGCAUGAACACCUCCUAAAUCUCCACUCCGGAACUCAAGCUACCUUAUAUGCCUUAAGGAGAUCUUACUGGCCUAUCGACGGCCGUAGUCAAGUUUGGAGCACGCUGAAGAAGUGCGUACGUUGCUGCCGAGCCAAUCCACCUCCAGUGGAUUACGUAAUGGGAGACCUUCCAGCUGCACGGAUAACGGAAUCUCGUCCAUUUACCAACGUCGGAAUUGAUUAUUGCGGACCGUUCUACAUCAAGGAACGAAAGGAUCGCAACCGACGCAAAAUGAAGGUAUAUGUAGCAAUAUUCGUAUGUCUUGCAGUUAAAGCAGUCCACCUCGAGCUGGUCACCGAUCUCACUAGCGAGGCCUUCAUUGCUGCUCUGCGAAGAUUCAUCGCUCGCCGAGGAUUCUGUGUAACAAUUUAUUCUGACAACGGUACCAACUUCGUUGGCGCCAACAACGAAUUACGAGAGCUCCGAAACCUCCUGCAGUCCGACGAUCAUAAGCUGGCAACACAUUCAAAGGGUCAAACAACAUUUCUGGCGCCGCUGGCAUCGAGAGUACCUGAACGAGCUGAACAUCCGAAACAAAUGGAGCAAGGGCAGUCACGACAUCAUAGAAGGCACCGUAGUAGUCCUCAGGGUGGAUAA